CUUACUGCAGAGGAGAUGGAUGAACAGAGGCGGCAGAAUGUCGCUUAUCAAUAUCUAUGCCGCCUGGAGGAGGCCAAACGUUGGAUGGAGGCCUGCCUGAAGGAAGAGCUGCCUUCUCCAGUGGAGAUGGAAGAAAGCCUUCGAAAUGGAGUCAUUUUGGCCAAAUUAGGACACUUUUUUGCCCCGGAUGUUGUUCCCUUCAAAAAGAUCUAUGACUUGGAGCAGAUGCGGUAUAAGGUAAAUGGCCUACAUUUUCGUCAUACUGAUAACAUCAACUUCUGGCUGACUGCAGUGUCUCACAUUGGCCUACCUAAGACCUUUCUUCCUGAGACGACAGACAUCUAUGAUAAGAAAAACAUGCCACGUGUGAUCUAUUGCAUCCAUGCCCUGAGUCUCUUCCUUUUCAGACUGGGAUUGGCACCUCAGAUCCAUGACCUAUAUGGCAAAGUAAAAUUUACAGAGGAGGAACUCAACAACAUGACUUCAGAGCUGGCUAAGUAUGGGCUGCAGCUGCCAGCAUUCAGCAAGAUUGGGGGCAUCCUGGCUAGUGAGCUUUCUGUGGACGAGGCUUCUGUCCAUGCUGCUGUCCUUGCCAUCAAUGAAGCGGUGGAGAGAGGGGUAGUGGAAGACACUCUGGCUGCACUGAAGAACCCCAACGCCAUGUUAGGGAACCUCCGGGAGCCCUUGGCUGCUGUCUACCAGGAGCUGCUAGCCCAAGUAAAGAUGGAAAAAGUGGCUAACUCCAGGAACUGGGACAAUGGAGAGAACCAUGACAUCUAUGACCGGUACCUGACUCAGGCAGAGAUACAGGGCAAUAUCAAUCAAGUCAAUGUUCAUGGAGCUCUGGAGGCCAUUGAUGAAUCUCUGGAAAAACAGAACUCGGAGGCCUUGCUGGAAGCCCUCUAUGACUCAGCUUUGGGCCUUCGUGGAGUGAGGAGGGAUUUUGGUGACUGGUACCUGGAGCAGCUGAGUUUAGACAGAGAACAGAAAGCUCUGGAGCUGGGCCUGGCAGAGCUCCUGGAGAAGGAUGAGAUCCAGGCUGGUGUGGCUGCAGCUAAUGCUAAAGGCGAUCAAGAACUUGCUAUGCUCCAGGCUGUGGGGCGGAUCAAUAGGGCCAUCCGGAGAGGGCUGGCUGCCGACACAGUGAAGGAGCUCAUGUGUCCUGAAGCCCAGCUGCCUGAGGUGUACCCCUUUGCUGCAUCCAUGUACCAGCAGGAACUGACUUUGAUUCAGCGUCAACAGGAAAGAGAAUUGGCUCAAGAGGAACUCUUUGUGGCUUUGGAGAUGCUCUCUGCUGUUGCUCUGAUUAAUCGGUACCUGGAGGCAGGGGAUGCUGGGGGCUUCUGGAGCAGUCUGUCGAGCCCAGCUUUGGGUCUGGCUGACGUGGAUGGAGAGAAUGCCCAACGUUAUUUCGAUGCUCUGGGAAGGCUGCAGCAGGAGCGGAGUGUGGCUGGGGCCUUCCUGAGCUGGAAUGACUUGCAGGCCACCGUGAGCCAAGUCAAUGGCCAGGUCCAGGAGGAGACAGAGCAGAUCCUGGCGGUCAGUCUCAUCAAUGAGGCCCUGAACCAGGCAAACCCAGAGAAGACCUUGACGGCCCUGCUGUUGCCCUCUGCUGGCCUGGAUCAUGUCACCCUGCCUGUCGGCCCCAGGUACCACCAUAUCCUGACGGCAGCCAAGAGAAGGAAGGCCCAGGUAACAGGGGACCCUGGAGCCAUGCUAUGGUUGGAAGAGAUCCGCCAGGGAGUGGCCAAAGCUAAUCAGGAGACAGAAGCAGCUCUGAAGAUGGCGCUUGGAGUGGCUGCCAUCAAUCAAGCCAUCAAGGAGGGGAAGUCUGCCCAGACAGAACGAGUAUUACACAACCCAGCUGUAGCCCUCUAUGGGGUGGUCACAGAAUGUGCCAGUGGCUACCAGAAAGUAUUGCAGGAUACCAUGGCAAGGAAGAAACAAGCAGGAAAGAAGCUCUUCUGGGUCCAGCAUCGAAUGAAGGAUGGAACUGCCUUCUACUUCCACCUGCAGACUUUCCAGGGGACCUGGGAACGCCCUUCUGAUUGUACUCUAAAUACUUCCCACCUCACUCGUGAAGAGAUCCAGACAGCAAUCACAACAGUUACUGCCGCCCAUGACCGACACCGUCUUUGGAUUUCCAAUGUUGGCUUUGUCGUCCAGCUCCAGGCCCGGAUGCGGGGCUUCCUUGUUCGUCAGGAAUUUGCCAAACAUUCCCACUUCCUAAGGACCCAGCUCCCGGCUAUUAUCAAGAUUCAGGCUCAUUGGCGAGGUUACCGGCAGAGAAAAAUCUACCUAGAACGGAUGAGGUUCUUAAAGGCAAACGUGGCUUCUGUGGUAAAGAUCCAGGCAUGGGUCCGGAUGUGGAUGGCUCAGAAAAGAUAUCGGGAAAGACUACGUUUUUUCCAGAAGAAUAUUCAUUCAAUUGUGAAGAUCCAGGCAUUUUUCCGAGCCAGGAGAGCCCGGGAUGACUAUAGGAUGUUGGUCCGAGAUUGCCACCCCCCUCUCGCUGUGGUGCGGCGAUUCGCCCACCUCCUGGACCAGAGGCAGCAGGACUUCUGGGAGGAGGCUGAGCUGCUGAAGCUCCAGGAAGACGUGGUCAGGAAAAUCCGCUCCAACCAGCAGCUGGAGCAGGACCUCAACCUCAUGGACAUCAAGAUCGGCCUGCUGGUGAAGAACCGAAUCACUCUGCAGGAAGUUGUUUUGCACAGCAAGAAGCUGACCAAGAAGAACAAGGAGCAUCUGUCUGACAUGAUGGCACUAGACAGGCGGAAAGGAUUAAAGUCACUGAGCAAAGAGAAACGGCAGAAGUUAGAGGCCUACCAACACCUCUUCUACCUGCUCCAGACCCAGCCCAUCUACCUGGCCAAGCUGAUCUUCCAGAUGCCACAGAACAAGACCACAAAAUUUAUGGAAUCAGUCAUUUUCACCCUGUACAAUUAUGCCUCCAAUCGCCGAGAAGCCUACCUCCUUCUCCAGCUCUUUAAGACGGCCCUCCAGGAGGAAAUCAAGUCAAAAGUUGAACAGCCCCAGGAUAUGGUGACAGGCAACCCGACAGUGAUCAAGCUGGUGGUCAGCUUCUACCGCAACGGCCGAGGCCAGAGCGCCCUGCGGGAGAUCCUGGGUGGGGUGAUCCAGGGUGUCCUGGAGGAUAGGACACUCAGUGUCUAUACGGAUCCCAUUCAUCUCUAUAAGACGUGGAUCAACCAGACGGAGGCCCAGACUGGCCAGCGGAGCCACCUCCCCUACGAUGUUACCCCUGAGCAGGCCCUGAGCCAUCCUGAGGUCCAGAGACGGAUGGACAUCUCCGUACGGAGCCUUCUUACUGUGACAGAGAAGUUUCUUACAGCGAUCAUCUCGUCUGUGGACCAGAUCCCGUAUGGGAUGCGUUACGUUGCAAAGGUCCUGAAGACUUCCCUGGCGGAGAAGUUUCCCAGAGCUACGGAAGGUGAGAUCUGUAAGGUGGUGGGGAACCUCUUGUAUUACCGAUUCCUGAACCCAGCCGUGGUUGCCCCCGAUGCCUUCGACAUCGUGGCCUUGGCAGCAGGAGGGGCCCUGAGCUCCUCCCAGCGCCACGUCUUGGGUGCCGUGGCGCAGCUCCUCCAGCAUGCUGCAGCUGGCAAGCCCUUCUCGGGGGAGAAUGGGCACCUUCGGGUCCUGAACUCCUACCUGGAGGAGACGCACCUCAAGUUCAGGAAGUUCAUCUGCAAAGCCUGCCGGGUACCAGAGCCCGAGGAGCGCUUUGCCAUGGAUGAGUACUCAGACAUGGUGGCUUUGGCCAAGCCUGUGGUCUACAUCACCGUGGGAGAGCUCGUGAACACUCACAAGCUCUUACUGGAACAUCAAGACUCAAUUGCACCAGAUCACCGGGACCCUCUGCAUGAGCUCUUGGAGGAUCUAGGGGAGCUGCCUACAAUCCCAGCCCUGAUAGGACAGAAUUUGGCUUCAGACGGGAACCUGGACAUGAGCCAGCUAGAAGUAUCCUUGACUCUUACCAGCAAACUUGAGGGACUUGGAGCUGACCCUGAAGACACUAACGCCAGGAGCCUCUUGCUGAGGACCAAGCAGAUGUUGGUUGAUAUCAUCCAGUUCCAGGCAGGAGAUUCCCUUCAGGACAUCCUGUCUUUUCUACCAUCAGGAGAACAGGAAACUGCCCAUCACAUACUGAUGUCCAGACGCCAAGCCUUUGAGGCCCAGACCCCAGAGCCCCUGAAGAGACGCCGAUCCCUAACUGCCCAAUCCCUUCUAUCAAUAAGGGAAAAGCAGCGAAGAGUCCUGAAGAACCUGCGUCACCUUGAGAGUCUGGGGCUUGUAACUUCUGCUGAUGGCUACCAGGGGCUGGUGGAUGAGAUGGCCCAGGAUAUUCGAAACCAGCGCCGUCACCGGCAGAGAAGAAAGGCAGAGCUGCUGAAGCUUCAGGCCACCUUCCAGGGCUUGCAGGCCAAGACAACCUUCUACGAGGAGCAAGGCGAUUAUUAUAACCAAUACAUCCGCACCUGCCUGGACAAUCUGGCCCACAGCAACAAGAGCGACAGAAAGGGGAAGAAGCAGCCAUCUCUCCAUUACACUGCUGCCCAGCUCUGGGAAAAGGGGGUCUUGGUGGAAAUCGAGGACUUACCAGUCGCUCAUUUUCGCAAUGUAAUCUUUGACAUCAUUCCUGGGGAAGAGGCAGGAAAGUUUGAAGUGAAGGCCAAGUUCAUGGGUGUGGACAUGGAAAGAUUUCAGGUUCACUAUCAGGACCUCCUCCAACUCCAAUAUGAAGGUGUGGCCGUCAUGAAACUCUUCAACAAAGCCAAAGUCAAUGUCAACCUCCUCAUCUUUCUUCUCAAUAAGAAGUUAUUCCUGAAAUGA